AUGACAUCUGUCCCAACACAUUACUACGAAGAUGAUGAUGAUGAUUUGGAGGGCGAACAAAACAUACAAUGGAGCAAUUUAUUAUUUCUACCGUUUAAUCCAACAUUUAAGGCCAUAGUACUGGUUGUUGUUAUCUUAAAAACAAUAUUGGGGCCGAUACAAGCUGCAUAUCCAAUUGUUUAUUGUUGGGACACUAUGGAAUAUGAUACAAGUUUAAGCCUGAUAAAAUUUGCUUAUUUAUAUCUAUGUGAUCCUAUAUAUAGCAUUGAUACUUUGCUUCAUAUCCUUCAUAGGCAAAUAAGAGAUGAAGCAGUGAAGCGAGAAUAUUUGCCAAAAUCGGGAGUACUGAUACUUUUAGAUGUGAUAUCACUUAUACCAUUCUUUAGUCUAAUUCAAGACGUACCCUGUGCUCCUGUUGAAUUUCGACCAAAUGUUUAUUCCUUUUCGGAAUUUGUCAUAAUAUACAGAAUAGCGGAAUCGUUUUCUUUACUAAGUUCUCAUGAACUCUGGCAGAUUGUUAUUGGUUACACGUUAAUGUUCACUAUAAGUGUCAACUGUAUAACGUGUUUUUUUAUUCUAUUGACUAUGGUUGGAAAUUGCCCAAGAUGUAAUGAAUUUCUCUAUGAUUGGAGGAAGUUUGUAUAUAAAAAGUUGAAUGAAACGGAUGAAUCAUAUUCCACAUACAUAUACGGAGGAUCAUUUAUAUACAGUUUCUUUAUCAACAACCAGCUGGAUGAGACCAAACCCUCAACCAUCAAGGAGUAUAUUUUUAUGGAUAUCUUGAUGUUACUAGGCUAUUUUUUAUUAACAUUUGUCGUUAUCCCUAAAAUGGUAUCAGAGUCUAUGUUAAGCCUUCGACGAAUGGGCUCAUAUUAUCCAAAAGUAGAAAGAAUUAUUGACGAGACCAGAAGGCGAAAUAUAUCCCCGAAGGCUCACCAGGACGUCAAGGAUUUCUAUUCCUUAAUGUGGAAGAAGAGGAGCGGAAUUACCAGCGUGCCUGAAGUGAUUUCUGAAUUACCGAGAUAUUUACGACUCGACAUACGCCAAGAUUUAGUUUGGCCGGUGUUCCACCAUAGUCCUACAUUUAGAAGGACAUCGGAUUCCUAUAAACGCUGGCUUUGUGAGGUAAUCCGUAUGGACUACAAGUUGCCGGGAGAGAAGUUUUUUGCAGGCCCUAAUUGUUACAACCAUCUGUACUACCUUAAAUCUGGAAAGAUACAACUUAUUUCUUUGGAUGAUGGCGUGACGCCUUUAAUAACAUUGACUAGCGGUACUUUGUUGGGUGAUAUAAGUUUUUAUUUGGUCCCACCGAAAAGGAAAGUAAUUGUACAAUGCGUAACAUAUUGCGAGGUAUUAUAUAUCACACGGGCUGACAUUUUGAAUUCCCUCCACAAACAUCCCCACGAUCGGCGUCUCAUUUUGCAACUGGCUAAAGAUAGAAUAAAACAUGCGCGGACCUUAUACACUUGUAAACAACAUGUUAGAGGCUUAGACAGAUCAGAAGACGAGGGUAUAGCGUGGGUGAAAAAACGCUGGAGCGAAAUUUCCGAAGCUUACCGUAACUGCAAAAUAUUAUACGAUAAAGAAGGUUUUCGGUGCCAGCUUACAGCCGAAGAAACAGUUUAUCAUUGUCCGAAAUACAUCGGGCAGCUUGUUCUGUCGAGUGAUGAGCAAAUUCAAACAAAGUCUUCAUUCGUUUCCACAAAAUUUCCGUGGAUUUUUGUUCCCCAAUCGGAGUUCGUUUUAUUGUGGCAUCGCAUUGUUGUUGGCACGGUUUUCAUGGUUUUAAUUCUCUAUCCCCCUUAUCUAUCGACGAAGAACCCGCCUGUGUGGUUCGGUUUAUUUCAGUUCUGGACUGAUGUUGUUUACAUUUGCGAUAUUUGCGUGAUGUUGUUAACCGCGAUAGAUGGACAAGAGAAUAUCGGGGACGAUUACACAAUUAUUAUAUUUUCUCGAUGCAAAACAAUAAAGUUUAUGCUUGAUGUGCUUUCUACUAUUUGGAUUGAAACAUUUGCGUCUGUAAGCGGAUUUCACCAGCUCUAUAAUCCUCUGCAGUUUAAUCGACUAAUUAAGAUAUAUGUUCUAUUUUCUAAAUGGGAUUUGAAGAAGGACCCAUUAUUCGAUGUGAAUUAUAAAAUGGCUCUAGUUGUGAGCUCCUUUGCGUAUAUAACGAGUUAUAUUUUAUACGUUUUCGAUCGGAAGAAUCCAAAAUUGAACACGGCAUAUUUUUUCGGAGAAUUAUUUUUGAAGUGCAACACAACUGUCCCCAAACUUGAAUGCGAUAUUGAGUUGCCGAAUGCCUUUAUUAUAUUUUUGGCUUGGUUAUUGGAGUUCAUAUUUUACGAGUAUCUUCCUGGAUCUUUGAUAGAUAUAUAUGUAAUAGUCAUUAUUAGUUAUUUGGUAUUUUUGAUUGUUAUUUAUAUCAAAACUAAUACGGUAGCGAUGUUCUAUUUGAGAUAUCGGGAGUUAGUGAACUAUCAGUACUUCGUUAGUAGUAUAAAGAAUCAUUACCGACAUUAUAAAAUACACCCGGGCUUGCUCAUACGACUGAAUCAGUAUUUGAUAUGCCAUUGGAAGUAUUUUAAUGGCAUGGACGUGUUGCAUCCUAAUUUGUUGAAGAAUGAACCGUACGAUAUUUAUUGGAAAUUACACGGAGAGGUUGCCGAGAAGUUAAUUAAGGCGGCACCUGCAUUUGCGUAUGCCGAGCCAGCGUUUAUAAAGGAGCUGGCGUAUAAAGCAAAAUUUCUUUUACUCCCAAAGAAUUGCACCAUUUCCGUGUUUGGCGUACAAACUAAAACUGUUACAUGGCUUGUUCAGGGUUACAUGACGUCGGAAUAUCACGAUCUUAAAGGCGAAGUGUACAAGAAGGAAUACAGACCCGGCGAUUUUGUGACGUCUUGUGCGGUAUUUUUGGGGAAACCAUCGCUUAGGACAUUGAGAACAACUACAGAAUGCGAAAUUCUCUACUUAAAAGUGAUCGACUUUUUUCACAUUUUGAAAAACUAUCCUAAUGAGCACGAUCAUUUUGAGUUUUGUAUUGAGAGAUAUAUGUCGAAGUAUGAUCAAAUGGUUCAAGAUUAUGUCAAGAAGUAUAAAGAUUAUCGCAUGAAAUUGCUCAAUCAAAGUUCUGUCACUUCAUUAAAACGAUGUUCGCUAUGGAAGAUAAAAUUAAAGAAAACACGUAACAUUUGGUUUGAUCCGGAGUCGAGAUUUAUACAAACUUGGAUGGUAUUUCGUGUCAUUGUUGCUGUGAUUUCAAUUGUUUCGGCGUCAUUACAAGGAGGAGUUGGUGCUUGUAUAAGGCCUCCAUUGAUUAUAAUAGGUCAUGUUUGCGAUUGUAUUGGCUAUGCAGAUAUUUCCAUUAAAUUAUUUCUAGCAUUCUAUAACCAAAAGGGCUUAUUAAUUACCGAUCCGAAAGAACGUUGUAAGCAUUACUUGAGUAGGGGAUUCCUUCUUGACGUUGUCGGCUGUGUGCCUGUCAAAACAAUCCUUUCUGCAAAUAUUGGGAAAAAUGACGCGGUUUUAAUAAAUACAGUAUCGAAGUUUGCCCAUUUUUACAUUAUCAUGGGCUAUUUUAACUAUUUGGCGGACUUGCCUAAUAGAAACAUCACUUUUUAUAUGAUUUUAAAGAUGCAGAUAAUGACAGUACUGGUGAUACUUGGCACCAGUAAUUACUUUGUAAGUAGAUGUAUAUGUUUCGAAUGGGAUGAUACAGGAUAUAUAUUGAAUAUGACUCGCCGUGACCACUGUUGGCUUCCUAACUAUCUUUCCUUGGACGAGUAUCCAACUAUGCAUCAGUUAAAAAUUGUGCUUGCGCAGAGCUUUAAUCUGGCACAGAGUGGUCUCAUGAGAUUUAACCUUGGAAAGUUUCAUAUAGACCGCGAAUAUCUCGGUGUGGGAAUUACUUUAUGUAUUCUUGGAAUAAUGUUCUGGUAUGUAAUGUGUUAUUCGCUUACAUUAUUGGUGUUAAACUUCCGUGGUAAUACAAUUUUCCAACAUGGAGUGAGUCAGUUGAGAAGAUUCUUGCAGGCCGAGCGUGUAGACAAGAAGUUAAUCGAAAAAGCGAUCACUCACUUUCGAUAUUGGUGGUUUAGAACAAAAGGAAUGAACAUGCAAAGUCUUAUGAAUGAACGCAUAGGUGUUGUUUUUAGACAAGAACUGAACUAUUAUUUUUUUAAAAGAACAAUCGAAGCCACUGACACUUUGCUACAUGGCGGUGAGAGUCUUCAAAGACAGCUUGUAAGCGCAGCAGCUCAGUGGUUCUUCCUACCUGGGGAAAUAAUAGUGCGGGAGAUGGAUUUAAGUCCCUGGAUAUACAUAGUGCAUAGAGGAAGUAUUCUUAUUAAGCAGAAUGACGAGGAAUUGGCCAAGUUAACCAAGGGAUCCAUAUUUGGCCAAUUGGAUGGUACUAAACCAAGGCCCGUACGCAUAACAGCGUAUGCUGAUGGCUACGCGGAUCUGUUGCAAAUCUCCAUAAAGGAUUUCCAGGAUGUUGUUGAAGACGAGACAAGGGAUCGGAUGAAACACAACCCUAUGACGAAGCACGAUUUCAUGCCAUUGAAGAAUACAGUACCAGAAAAUCCUUACAAUACUCUAUCAUUUAUACUCCGCGGGCGCAAAACUAUAAAAAUGCCAUGGAUGAAUACUCCCAUUCGAGCAAAAGCAGGAACAUGGUACGCACGCUGGCUGUACCUGUGUUGGUUCUUUUGUCCUUUCAUCACCGUUUUUAUAGUAUUACUAGCGAAAGCUGUACCAGACGAAUACGAACUAAAUAUAUAUUGGGUUCUAUUUAUCUUGGAUUUACUUCACAUAGCGUAUUUGAUUACUGAAUUUUAUACGUUUGAACUACUCGUCUUAAACAAUAAAUGCGUUGAGCGAAUCCAAAAAUGGCAUAUGUUUAAACACUGGGGAUAUUACCUGGAUAUUCUGUCGUUAACCAUACCUAUAUUAACCCAUCUAACUGGACAAUGGAACUACCGCCUUGCAAGAUUAUUGAGGCUUAGAUUGUUUUAUUACUACCAUCAUCAUUUCUGUAAAGGAUUUAAGAGUCAAAUAGCGCCAGUUUUAUUAAAGUUUGCGAUCGUUUUUUUAACCAUUCACGGCAUGACUUGUGGCUGGAUUUACGUGGCUUGUCAACAUGAAAAGUUUCCCCUACGCGUAGAAAAACUUCCUCGAUACAUAAAGGCAACCAUAGAUUAUGAUGAAUGGGUAAAUCCACAGGAUAGAAAAGGAGGUUGUCCUCGUCUUACGAAGAACUUUCUUAUCGAUGGCAAACUGAAAUUUGGUUUAAUUGUGCCCAAAAGUUGGAUGGAUGACUAUAUUGUUGCUAUAACAUAUAUUCUUGUGAUUUAUUCACAUACGGAAAUCGAUCUUGUGGUACCUUUAACACUGAAUGAAACAUAUUACAAAAUCUUUUUAUACUUUAUAAUUCACCCGAUGGAGAUGUGGAUACUGAGUUGUGCCAUAAGCGCUGUGUUUACGAAAUUACGUGAACUGUACAGCUAUGACUAUGACGUGCAAAGUUUAAUAUUAUAUCUGGAACAUAGCGGAUUAUGUCCAGUACUACUCGACUCCGUAAAGAAGUAUACCAAGCAGUUAUGGCAAAGACAGAGAGGUAAUUGGCUGCCGGAAUUAGCGCAUCAGGCGCCGCAGUGCCUUCGAGAAGACCUGUUAAGCGCCCUCUACAUGCAUCACCUCGAAGCUCCGCCCCUUUUCCGUGACCUCCCUGAAUAUUUGCGACGGCAACUCGUUACAAAGCUACAGAGAGUGGUUAUAUUUCCUGGAAAAUUCAUUGUUAAGGAAGGUGAUAUAUUUGCCUGCAUGUACUUUAUCCACGAGGGAGAGGUUGAGAAAUGGUACACUGAUAAGAGUGGUGAAAAGAAAAUGCUUUCAUUAUUAUCAACGAAUGGAUACUUUGGAUUGAUACCCGGACUUUUCCCUAACACGCCGUACCAGUUUUCUUAUUUAUCGCGAACGGUGGUCGACUUCGUGUUUCUUAGGCAUAGAGAUUGGCAAGACCUGCUGCAGGGAUACCCCAAAAUCAAGUACGAUCUGUACACAGCCGCAAAGCAGUUGAAGAAGGAUUUACAGAAAACGAUGAUUUAG